UUUCUUAUUGGUUUGAUAACACCACGUGUGCUACACACCUCCGUGACCGAAACUGAAACACAAGGUCGCAAGUUCGAAGAGGAGAUUUUGUUAUUUUAGUGUGUUUGUUUUUAAGUUGAGAGAAAGAGGAUAACAAAAUGCUGCGACGUCUUUCAUCGGAGGUUGUGCGAAAUGCACAUAAGACUGUUGCGCAGGAUAAUCUAACAAAAUCUUUGUAUUUGACCAGCGUAAAUGUCAGGUCCAUGUCAACUGAAAACAAAGAUGAGUUGGGAUUUUCAGCAACUGUCGAUUAUUUCUUUGACAAGGCCGCCAGUCUGGUAAUGGACAAGCUGGCUGAUGAUUUACCUGGCAAGAAACAGACUCGAGAAGAAAAGCAGCUGAAAGUGAAAAACAUUUUGAAAAUGAUAAAGCCUGUCAACCACUUAGUGAAGUUUUCAUUUCCAAUCAGACGUGAUAAUGGUGAAGUUGAAAUCAUAGAAGCCUGGCGGGCCCAGCAUAGUCAACACAGGACACCUUGUAAAGGAGGUAUAAGAUACAGUUUAGAUGUAAAUGAUGAUGAAGUGAAAGCUUUGGCUCAGUUGAUGACAUAUAAAUGUGCCGUUGUGGACGUACCUUUCGGUGGAGCUAAGGCAGGCGUCAAGAUUGACGCGAAAACUUACUCUGAGAAUGAACUGGAGAAAAUCACACGUAGAUUGACAGUUGAACUCUCAAAGAAAGGAUUUAUAGGGCCAGGUAUUGAUGUGCCAGCACCUGACAUGGGUACAGGGGAGAGAGAAAUGGGCUGGAUCGCUGACACCUAUGCCAAUACUUUAGGUCAUUAUGACAUCAAUGCUCAUGCGUGUGUAACCGGUAAACCAAUCACUGCCGGUGGUAUUCACGGUAGAACAUCUGCCACCGGACGUGGAGUGUUCCAUGGUAUACAGAACUUUAUUAUGGAAGCAUCCUACAUGUCUAUGGUUGGUCUAACACCAGGAUUUGGUGACAAAACUGUCAUUAUACAGGGUUUUGGUAAUGUAGGUCUUCACUCUAUGAGAUAUCUACAUCGUGCUGGAGCUAAAAUUAUAGGAAUUAUGGAAUACGAUGGUUCUAUAUUUAACCCAGAGGGUAUACAUCCACGUGAUCUAGAGGACUAUAAAAUUGAAAAUGGAACUAUAGUAGGAUACCCUCUUGCCAAGCCAUAUGAUGGCAAUAUGCUUACAGAAAAAUGUGAUAUACUUGUUCCCGCAGCUAGUGAGAAACAACUUACAGCUGCUAAUGCUCAUCAAGUACAAGCUAAGAUCAUAGCAGAAGGAGCUAAUGGUCCAACAACGAUUGAAGCUGAUCAAAUUUUCUUGGAAAAUAAUGUUCUAGUUAUACCUGAUCUCUAUUUGAACGCUGGUGGUGUGACCGUGUCAUAUUUCGAGUGGUUGAAGAAUCUGAACCAUGUCAGUUAUGGACGUCUAACCUUCAAAUAUGAGAGAGAUUCUAACUACUAUCUCUUAGAAAGUGUACAGAGGUCAUUAGAGCGCAAGUUUGGCAAGAAUGGAGGGGCCAUCCCUAUUGUGCCAUCAGAUAACUUUGAGACUAGAAUUGCUGGUGCCUCAGAAAAAGACAUUGUGCAUUCUGGACUUGAAUACACCAUGGAAAGAUCUGCCAGGAACAUCAUGAGAACUGCCAUGAAAUACAACCUUGGCCUUGACCUUCGUACUGCAGCUUUCAUUACCUCGAUCGAGAAAAUCUUUAAAGUUUACAAUGAUGCUGGUCUCACAUUUACAUAAAAAAAUCAAAUUGUGUUAAACAUUAUACAUGUGUAAAUUAAAACCAAUAACCGUUUUGUUAUUUGUUUAGGAUUUUAUUGUUUUAUUUUCUAAAGGUUUUUUUUUGGAAAUUUUGUUUCAAGAUAGUUUUUCUGCAUGAUAAUCAGUGUUUAUCUAAAGAAUGAAAAUAAUUAUGCAAUAAAGAGUUUUUUCUUUAUAAAGAAAAAGACUGUUGAAUUGCUGUUGGGUGUAUUAUAAAAGAAAUAAAAAUGUUAAGUGAAAUGUCUGAAGUUUAUAUUGAGAAUCUCUCAUAAGUUGUCUCCCUUUUACAAGAAACUCUCCUUUAGGGGAGUUCUAAAUAGAGUGGUUACCAUGGCUAUGUUAUUGUUUAUGCAUCUGCUGAAUUAUCCGUUUAAAAAAAAUAAAGAAAAAUAAAACAAAUUAAGUAAUAAUUUCUAUUGGAUUUUAAAAUGAUUUGUAUAUAUGGAAUUGUUAGUUGUAUGCAAUAUAAUUUUAAAUAUUAGAUAUAUAAUGUACUACAUGUAUAUAUAUACGAUUCUAUAAUUAGAUAAUGUAGAUAUAUUCCCUGGUGUCUGUAAGUAAACUUGUCAAUCUGGAAUCUCAUUGGUUGAAAUAUUUUAUAUGUCUCUAUGAAUUCUACAUAAUACUUUUUUUUCGCUUCUGCAUUAAACUGUUCAUGGUAAGUCGAGAGACUUUAAAAUCAUAGUCUUCUGAAUAUCAUUUUAUAGGUUAUAAAAAAAAAGAAAAUGUUUGAAACGGUAUGAAUAUUUGAGAUAGGAUAAUCAUGCAACACAUUUAUACAUCAUCCGUAUUUGGGUCACUUGUGUACAUGUACUGGACAUUUAUUGACAAGUUAAUUUUGACAGCAUUCUGUAGAAGAAAAAAGAAGCUUGAUGAAAGUGAAUUGUAAUGUUUUUCAAUGUGUUAAUUCUGAAAUACGGUCACAAGGAACUAGAUUUCAUAGUAAUAAAAGAAACAUGAGGGU